AUGAGCGGGAAUACCUCGGAAUUCCACCUCCUUGCAUUUCUAAUUUUCAAGGAAUUUCACAUGGGGCUUUCCAUUGGGGUUUUAUUAAUGUACCUAUUGUCUGUUAUAGGAAAUAUGACUAUAAUUAUCAUUGUUUUCAAAGACUCACAACUUCACACUCCAAUGUAUUUCUUCCUGUGCAACUUGGCGUUUCAGGACAUUGUUUAUGUUUCGGCAAUCUUGCCAAAGCUGCUGGUUAUUACAGUAUCUGGCAAUGGCAAUAUUUGCUUUCAAUGCUGUAUUACACAAAUGUUUCUUUUCGCCUUCUGUGUCGGAAUAGAGUUUUUCUUGUUGACUUCCAUGGCUUAUGAUCGUUAUGUGGCCAUUUGUGUUCCUUUGCAUUACACUAUUAUUAUGAACAAGAGAUUAUGUGCUUUGUUGGCCUUUUCGUCCUGGUUCUUUGCUGCUUUAAACUCACUUAUGCACUCUGUAUUAAUAUCUAAUUUGUCAUUCUGCAAUGUCCAGCAAAUCAAUCAUUUCUUUUGUGAUGUGAAGACAUUGCUUUGGCUCUCAUGUGCUGAUACCAGAAACAUUCAACUAUUAAUAUCAGUGGAGGGCAUAGUUUUGGGGUUCAUUCCUUUUCUACUUAUCCUGAUAUCCUACAUGUAUAUCUUAUCUACUAUUCUAAAGAUCAGCGACGCGUCGGGAAGACUGAAGGCAUUUUCCAGCUGCUCUUCGCACCUUAUAGUGGUUGUGUUAUUCUGUGGGACUUUCCUCAGCUUGAAUUUAAAACCAGAGGCUCAUCAUUCUGAAGAACAGGACAAGUUACUGUCUCUAAUUUACAUUGCUGUUGUUCCUGCAUUAAAUCCAUUGGUGUAUAGUUUGAGGAACAAAGAGGUUUUGAGGGCCUUGAAAAAGCAGUUUUUAAAAAAGAUAAAAAUAAAUACAUUUUAA